CAUGGAAUGUCCGUUAAAUCAACAAGUAUGCAGAACAGGAACAUAUGAAGAAUCAAUUAAAAUCCAGUUCAUUUCAACUUUAAUGUUACAAUAAUAUGAAAUCCAUAAUGGUGUCUUUAAAAUUGGAAGUUUAUACUGUAGUUUUGGGUUAUAGUAUAUAGAUUAGAAAGUAUACAAAUACAAUGGGGCAGAGCUAUGGUAUCAGCUGCUGUAGAAAAGUGCAGAAGUGAUUUUAUUUCAAAUUAACAAUUAAAAGUAGUUUCAUGCCUCAAUCGUUAACCUUCUAAAUUAAGAACCAUCAAUCUAUCAUACAACGAAUCAUACAUAUUCCGCCGCAGAGCGCGGGCUGAUUUUCUAGUUGGUUGUAAAACCGCCAACAUAUUAUCUCCUGUUGGAUUUCUAUCCCUUGUAAAACAUCUUUCUUUGGAGGCAGCAUUUUCAGGUACCCUAAACCCAAUUCCACAUUCUACAAGUUGAUUGAUUUAUUCCUUUUUCCUCUUCGGAAAGCAAUUCAUUGAUCGUUGGCUCAUUGGCUCAAGUAAUUAAGCAACAAAGAAGGAAGUACUUGCGAUUUAUGUUGAUGAUGUUAGGGACUUAUGUUGUCUUCUCAACAUGAGGACCUCGUCAUACAAUCUUGACGCUCGUGUUUGCAUAAAUCAAUCAUGUUACGAUGAUUAUAAGGUUCAAAUGUGAUUACAAAAUAUUAUUGUGGGGUUUACCACCGUAAUAUGAGAAUUGAAAGAGGAGCAUUUUAUUUGGAGAAAAGAAGGGUGAUCUUGGGAGGAAGAUAUUUAUUAACACAAUUUUGCGGCAAACAUUUUGUGGGAAUGGCGUUGCAGCAUCCAUUGAGAGCAUUCGGUCAAGCAUCGCUUUGGACAGAAAAGGUGAGAUCGAGAUGAUUCUUAAUUCCUACAACAACAAAACACCUCAAAGCACCGUGACCGACCUGUGUUUACCAGACCCAUAUAUGUUGCCGGCUAUUGGCGGAAUGUCACAGUGACGUGGGGGAAGAACCUCAUGAACUCCAUCUCCCUCAACCUCGUCAUCAACAGCGUAGAAGGUGAGACGACGUACAUCAUACAGUUUCAAGCUCGACCUGAAGCUAGCCAUGGCAUUUUUGGAGCAAAGGGUUCGAACUCGAAGGCAGCAGCAGCAAUAUAGAAAUGAAAUCCAUUGGGAUCUCCGUUCAGCCAAAUUCAUUGGUACCAGCUGCCCCGAGCCGGCCGGUGACUACUACGUCACUGUGGUAUGUGAUGAAGAGAUCGUUUUGCUAUUAAUUAGGUGACUCCAAGAAGAAGGCAUACAAGAGGACCAAAGGCAAGACCAACUGAUCUUGUGGAAGCGGUUUUAGUUUCCAAGAAGGAUCGGAGAAUGUUUUUGCCAAAAAAUCAUUUGCAACGAGAGCUAAGUUAGGACGAGAAAAAACAGCAAGAGCAUGACAUUAAUUAUCAUCGACAGCUCUACCUCGGGCCUCAAAGAUCCUGAAUUGUACGUGGAUAAGCAUAGAUGGGCUUGUAGUGGUUAAUGUCAAGAAUUUGCAGUGGAAGUUUAAUUAGAGGGAAUCAAGUGGUGACGGUGAACAAACAACCUGUUCAGAUAUUUUGGGAUGUUCAUGAUUGGUUGUACAAUGGCGGAGGAGGAGGAAGCAUCAACGGUAAUGGCGGGGGUAGUCAAGGUUUGUUCACAUUCAAGCCUGGGGCUCCCGAGAUGGAAUGGAAGAGGAUGAGUGCGAUAGUCCUCACGGGCACGGCAAUAGCGAUUCGGAGCUGCUUGAAGAUUAAACAAUGUGUUGAAUCAAUGAUGACGUCGAACGGUAAGUUGUUCUAUUUUGUGAUCGGUGUAUGACCAAUUGUGAAGUUAUUGUACAAUGUGUCUGAAAACCAAGUAUACUUUGUGUACUACCGCUAUCUUGAAUUUAUACACAUGAAUUGUGGUGGAUCAGAAGUCAAUGUAUAAAUUUUAAUUAUGCUA